AUGCUGUUCUCCGGCGCCUCAACAGCCAAGCCGAAGAAGGACGAGAAGAAGGAUAAGAAAAGCGAUCGUGAAGAGAAGUACGAGCUCCAGGAGCAAGUGUUCAUCCGCUGGGCGAAUCACCUGUUGGACACCGAACGUUUGACGGACCACAAAAGUCUUCAGGAUGGUUCAAACGCAAUUUUUGUCUAUCAGGCAAUUAUUGGUCAAACGAUGGCCGUUUUGGGCAAUCCGUCUGAUGAUUGGCCGAAUAUUCUUCAAUAUGUGGGCGAUUCGAAAACCAACCCCCAGGAAGUGAUGGACGGACAACAGAAGGCCGUGUUAUCAGCAUGGUGGCAGCUGGUUCAAUUCUACUGGAGAAAUCAUGCACCACAGCAGCUCCGAGAAGAAAAGCUCUCCGAGGCGAUCAAGCAAUGGUGCAUCGAGGUGAUGAGGUCUUAUGAGGAAAUUGACGUUUACGAUUUCACAUCAUCGUUUCGUGAUGGUCACGCCUUCAAUUACCUCAUACAUUCGUAUGACAAAAAACUCAUAAAUCUCUCGAAAACCGCCGAAAUGAGUGCCAUCGAUCGGAUUGAGAACGCGUUUUCGGUAGCUGAAAAGACCUGGAACGUUCCGAGACUUUUGAAUCCCAAAGAUCUCCAUAGUGAACAUCUCGACUCCCAUUCAGUGUUAUGCUAUUUGAUGAAUUUGUACCUAUCGAUGAUUUCAACUAGUAAAAUUGAGAACGAACUAGAAGCCCAACAGCUCCAACAACAGCGUGCCGCACUCUUGGCCGCCCAAAAAAUGCAGUCCCAACCGUCGACGUCAUCAUCGGCCCUUCAAAUUCCACCACAGACUCCGCCCAUUUCUACAGUACACCAACAAAUGUUGGAUCGAGGAAAGAGCUUUGAGCAGAGCGCUGAGAGUGAGGUGCGCUCCAGAAAGUCCUCAUCCAGCUCCCAGAAAUCAGGAAAAUCCAAAAAAGUGAGGAGAGAAGAGCAGCUGGCAGAAUUCAAGUCUUGCAUCGAACAAGUGCUGACGUGGCUUCUAGAGGCCGAAGAUGAGCUCUCCACCCUCACUCAGAUGCCACGUGUCGAGCUGGCAUCAGUCAGAUCCCAAUUUUCAGACUUUGAGUCCUUUAUGUCCAGCUUAACGGACAGUCAGGAUACUGUAGGUCGAGUAUUGCUCAGAGGACAAAUGCUGAGCAAUAAAUCUGAAAAUGAGGAGGAGAAAGAGGCGAUCGCUUCGAAACUACACUUGGUGAACACGAGAUGGGAGGCGUUGAGAGAGCAGGCGAUGCACGAGCAGGCCAUUCUUCAACAACAAAUUCAUCUGCUACAGCAAAGCGAAUUGGACACCAUUAGCCAAUGGCUCGACGCCACCGAACUCGAAAUUGAAUCUUUUGGUCCACUAGCUUCGGAUUCCGCUCAGGCUCUUCGACAAAUCGAGUUGCACACAAAAUUUCAGCAAAAACUCAACGAUUUCCAGGAGACAAUCGAUAAAUUGGAGAGUUUUGUGGCAGUGACUCUCUUCAAGCCAAAAUCAAAUUUCAGACUCUCCCAACUCUCGUGCGAACUCGUCGGCCGUCUGGACGACUCAAAUGGAGCCGCUGCGAAUACAGUAAGACUCAGCUUAGACUCCAUCACUCAGCGUUGGGAUAACUUGGUGGCCCGUAUAGAGGAGCACGGAAAAACACUGGUUAAAUCCGGAAAGGCAGACGUUCGGCAAGUAGAAGCGCCCAAAAAUGAGCCAGUGUCUUCAGAAGGUCUCAGUACGGAUACCGAAGGAGAGGAGCAGAAGAAUCAGCUCGUUGAUAAGUUCUUGCUCCACAUUUCAAAGCUCUCCCACGAGUUGGAACCCCUUCAAGAGUGGUCCGAGAAAUUUGAGGUGUCCCGGAAACGAGAUGACGUUCGGAAAAUGAUGAAUACGUGUCAGGAGAAAUUGAUACAGAUCAAAGAGCAAGAAGCGAGAGUUAACAGGCUCCAACUGGAGCUUGAACAUCUCCACGUGGCAAAAUUGAAUGCCAAGCAGCUCAAAAGAGCAAACGACGCGUUUGAGCAGUUUGCAAAGGGUUGGGCGCGCAUUGUCACAAAAAUUAGUGAGGCUAUGAAUGUGCUCACGGGGCAAGAGGAGAGUGGGAACAAUGAGGAAGCGGCGGUAGCGUCGAAAAUUGAGCAAUGGAUUGAGGCGGUGGAUAAAGUUAUCAACGAGCUAUCGCAACUUCCCGUGUCCGAACGACUCUCCAGAAUCGACAAAAUUGAGCAACAACUUCAAGUUCAAGAGAAGAACGUUGGUUUUGUGGAGAAGGACCUUUUGAAAAAAGCAAUUCUGAAAAAGGGUCUGGAAAUCGCUGGAAAACGAUUGGCAGCUCUGAAAAUUGAGGAAAAAUCUAGAAAGUCGCCAGAAAAAGUUGAGGAGCCAGAAGUCGAGCGACAUGUGCAGUUUGUGGAGCAAGCUGAGCAAAAUGUAAGUGAAGAAUUUGAAUGUCCCACUCCGCAAUCCCCAAUUUCCGAAUCAUCGAUUUUGGAAGAGCUCGAUGGUCCAUGGAGCCCAGUCGGUGACGUCAUCUCAAUUGAACAAGAUUUGCUUAGAGCCCAAAAAGCUGUCGAAAAAGCCAGAAGCUCGAAUAUGAGCAAUGAAACUGUCGAAAAAGCGGAGACACGGAAGGCAGAAAUGGAAGAGAAGCGACGGGUUACUGUAGCGGCGCGUAGCAGAUUUCAAAUCGCCGAGGAGACGGUGGAGGAAAUCGAGCGUGCCCUGGAUCGUCUACAAGCGGCGGACCUAGAAAUCGCAGAUCUGGUCCGCGGUCUUGAACAAGAGUCUAGAAAACUAGCCAAUUGCUCAUCGUUGAGAAAAGAAGCCGAGAGAACGGCGGAGAAAAUGUUGAGCAUGGACGAUGAGGGGAUUUCCCAAGAAGUCGUUAUUAAGACCAAAGAUUCCAUUGAGAAACUAGCGAAACGAUGGAAUCAGCUGGAAGUGGACUUGGAAGACAACCUGAGAAAAGCCAGGAAGGAUCAGGAUGCAUUUAUUCAGAAACGUCUCCGCGAAGGGGAGGAAGCCCUCAACGAGAUUAAAUCGGCCAUCGAGAAGAAACAAGAAUCCCUAGACGCUGAAACUGCCGCAGAGAGUUUGGAUCACCUGGAAAGUUCCCUGGACAAUAUUUCGAGCCUUUUCGGCGAAAUUGGAUCCCUACCAAUGGAUGAGGAUUCGCGUGGAAAGCUGACAAAAUUGACGGAAGCAAAGGAUGCAAUUGCUCAGAAAGCAAAUGAGACACUAGCGGUUUUAUCACGGACCGUCUCGGAAUGUGAAGAUUUUGAGAAGCAAUUAUGCUGUUCCAGUGCCAGAAUCGGCUUCCUACUGCAAGCUAGGAAAUCGGCGGACAUUUCAGCAUUCGACAUCCCGCACGAGUAUCAUGAAGAUCUUGGAAACGAGGCAGAGUUGAUACCGAAACUCUCCCGCGAAUUUGAAGAUUGGACCCAAAAAUUGAAGGAGAUGAAUUCGCUAGCGAUGGAGAAGGAGGAUGCUGUGCGGAUGCGGGAACAGUUGAACCAUGCGAAUGAAACCAUGACAGAGCUCUGUCGAAAAUUCAACGAGUUUAAACGUCCCAAAGGCUUCGAGGAGAAGCUGGAAAAAGUGCUCAUAACCUUAUCAAACGUAGAAAUGGGUCUAGAUGAUACCACAGGAAUCGAUGGAGCAGAAUGUGGUGGAGCCCUGAUGGAAGUUCGAGCUCUGGUCCGGAUGCUCGACGGAGCACAAGAGAAGUGGAAGGAUUUGUCGGAGAAUCGAGAGCAACUAGUUAAGGAUCAUGUUCUAGAUGAGGAAGCUUCCAGAGAGACCCUUCAAAAACUACAGUAUGCCAAAACGAAAUCCAAAGAGCUGUAUGACCGUAGUUCGACGUGUAUUGAACGACUUGAGGACUGUGUUGAGAUGUAUCAGAGAUUGCUUAUGGAAACUGAUGAAAUUGAGAGAUUCUUGGAUGAAAUGGAGCAACGCCUUGAUCGAUAUGCAGCUAGUGAUAGGCCUGGAGAGGAGGCGGAGAUUGUGGAGGAGCUGAUAAGCGAGUGGAAUCGAAAUGAGGCGGCGAUGAAUAAUGCGGCACAUUUGCAGAGGCAGUUGAACGAACGCGCCAUCAAGAUCCCGGAAAACGUGCUCUCCCUGAAACGCCUUCGAGCUGACGCUCUAAAAAAUCGCCUGAAUUCCUGGGUGCGCACAAUUCAAGAAAUGUCCGAGGACGACGAAUCGGCACUGCUGGAAAUCGACGAGCUCCAUCAGAACCUUGAAAAAGAGCUUCGAGAAAUUUCUAGCCACGAACCCAAGGCAAUCGCAGAGAGGCUUCGAUUUUUGCGAGCGGAUCGGGAUAGGCUAAGCUCGCGUACCAGAAAAUUGGCAGCCAAGAAUCCCCGGCUAGCCGCCACGUCAUCAGAUGUUCUAGAAGGAUUGAACAAGAAAUGGAAGGAUUUGGAGGAGAAAUCUCUGGAAACCAGAGAAAAGGAACCUCAGCUAGAGCUCAAGGACCAGGAACUCAGCUCACCUGAAAAUUCCAGUUUUGACAAACGAGUCGAUGAGCUGUACUAUCUGUUGAAGGAUCUAGAAACCCACUUGAAUUUCGAAACGUCACCUGUUGCUACAGUAACACAGUAUCAGAAGCGUGUGGAGGAUUUGGAUCUAUACUUGGAUGACUACAGGCCUCCUCUGGAUGACUUGAUUGAGGAGGGACGGAAAAUUGCUCAGGUUGGAAGGCUGGAAUUGCAGACGCACGCGGCGAUUGAGAAGUUGGAUGAGCUGGCGAGCAAGAUUGAGAUGGUUGAAGGGGAUUUGGAUAAGCAUCGAGACAAGGUGGCGCCACUUUUGGAGCAGCAUGAGCAGUUGAAGAAGCCUAAACAUGACAUCGACUCAUUUCUCCUUGUCCUUGACGUCUUCACCGACCGUAACCUCGAUGAUGUGGACAUUGCUCAGUCUACAAGAAAGGAACUAGCCGAGAGGGACUCUCAUAUCACCUCUCUGACGUCACGAGCGACAGCGAUUCAUUGUGCAUUGCCGGGAAAAGGUCCCCAACUCCACGACACUACGCUCGACAAGCUUCGAGCACGGAUAGAAAGCCUAGAAGCCCGAUUGGCCAAUACAGAGAAGAGACCUUCCAAGCCUGAAGGGCCUGAGAAGCCUAAAAUGGGGCCUGAAACGCCUGAAAAAUCGUCACCAAGUCGUUCGAGUCUUCAGCUGGCUAUGGAGGCAUACGGUACCGCCACUGAAGACGAUAGUGUCAUUUCCGAGGCGGUUACUGUAGGUCAGAAGGCUGGAACACCACAAUUGGAAGUGAAAAUGCUAGUAGACGAUGAAAAACGGACUAUUAUUCUGCCAGAUGACUCGGAGAAGGUUAUUGAGCAACAAGCUCCGCCCACUUUAGCCACGCCCACUGAACAGGCUCCGCCCCCUGAAGAGACUAUCGCUGAAGUCUCAACUUCUGAAAUCCUUCAAGGCCGCCCCGCUCAGGAAUCCAUUGAAAGAACGGUCCGAGAGGUUCCUGUGGAUGUCUAUGAAGAAACUGCUAAUAUUUCUUCUGGUGAUGAAUUGGACUCCAAAUUCUCUCCUCCGAUCCUGGAUUCUGAUACCGAAAUCGCAUCGAUGUUUGAAGUUUUGGACUCGAUCGAAGACGCGCACACGAAUUUCGAAGAAUUCCCAUUCGACUAUUUGGAUAACGCGGAGAAUGAACUAAAGAAUACCCUGGCCCGUCUAGAAUCCUGUGAACGCACUUUGGCCAAAAACGAAAUGACUAUUAAUAUGCUGCAAGCGGAGAAUGCCAGGGAGAGGAUUACGAUGCUUCGUCAAAUGGCACUUCAACGAAAAGACAAACUACCAAAGUUUAACGAGGAAUGGAAUGCGAUGCAAGAGGUUUGGACCCACUUUUUAACCCACACCGCCGACUCCCUCGUCGACGAGGCCGAACGAUACGAAUCGGAUCAAAUUGCUCAAAUGGAUCGAAAAUCGGCGCCAGGUGUGCUCGGCGAGCUCAGAAAACGGGUAUCCAGUGCCGAGGGUCCAGUUAUCGACCUGGUAAAGAAGCUGUCCCAACUGGUCCCCCGUAUGCAAGACGAUUCGCCGAAAUCCCAAAAUUUGCGGCAAACGGUAUACGGUAUCGAGGAUCGAUUCCGAAAAAUCAGUCAAGCCGAAAGUGCGGCAGUGUCCAAGGCUCUUUCCAGCGCUCUCACGGAGCCGGAGCUCAAUUUCGAGCUCCGCGAAAUGCAGAAAUGGUGUGAGCAGGCGGAAAAGGAGGCGGCACAGAAUGUGAACUCUUUGGACACUGAUGGUCUCGAGAAAUUGGAUGGAAAUCUUGCUCAAUUCACUAGGGAGUUGAAGGAGAAAAAAACCGACAUGGUGCAAUUGGAGAUGGCCAAAAAUAUGAUCAUCCCACAGCUCAAGGGAGACGCUCAUCAUGAUCUCCGACGUAACUUCUCAGAGACUGCAAAACGUGUGGCUAUGGUCCGUGAUGAGCUCUCAGAUGCUCAUAAAUGGGUCGCCACGUCACGCGAAUCGUGUGACGCCUUCUGGAACGACAUUGAUUCGCUGGAAGCGUUGGCACGCGACGUUGUCAGAAGAGCCAAUGGGAUUCGGAUGGCUGUGAUUUAUACGCCAUCUAGGGAGAAUGUAGAGGGCGUGCUGAGAGAUGUCGAAAAGCUGAAGUCGUCAAUUGGCGAUAUUAAGAAAAGAGUGCAAACGGCCAACUUGCCACCGGCUAUUAAGUUAGCUGGAAAGAAUGCGAAGCGCGUCGUUCAAGUCCUCACUGAAACCGCCACCACCAUAGCCGACUGUCACGACAUGCCAACGUAUCUAAUCGAUGAAAUGAACGAUUCAGGAGGGGAUACUACAGAAUCAAGGAGUACGUGCAAAAUUGGAACGCUUUUAGCCACGGAGCGCGCUUGCAUUUUUCUUCAAAUUCUCGAUUUUUCUCCAGAAAACUUUUCAAAAAUACAAAUCGUUCUCAGUGCAAAUUUAUUAGAAACAAAAAAAAACAACAAGAAUAUAUCAGAAAAUGUGAAAUAUUUUGACAAUGUAUUGUCUAUUCAAAAUAAUCGCGCGGAUGACGAGUAA